GCUUCGUCGCAGUAUAAAGUUUGCGACUCGUUGCGAUUUUCACUCAGUUUACUCUUGCACUUUUGGAAAAACUACCGAAAGCAGGCGAAAGUUGAACAGUACCUAAUCGAAAAAUUGGCUCUAGUCAGACUGUGAUCUGUUUAGAAAAUUUUCUGUCUUUGUUUACUUUUAGUGUCGGUUUUGAACGUUGAAGAAAUCAAGAAUUCCAUCAUGACUUACCAUCCAUCGUGUUCUGAUUGUUUUUAUUACGACAUUACGCAGGGAGAACAAACUCCAACUGUGGGAGCUGAAGCUGAAGCUGUAUUUGAUGCGAGUUGCGAUGCCCAAAUAUUACAACAUGCUUUGAAAGAUGACCUCGAUAAAGAUGCCAUCAUCAAUGUGCUUACUAAAAGAACUAAUCACCAACGAUUGAAAAUCGCAGCUGAAUUCAAAAAAUUAUGCGGAAAGGAUUUAAUUUCCGAAUUAAAAAAAAAGCUUUCGGGAGAUUUCAAAAAACUAAUGGUAGCAUUGGUGAAACGACCUGCUGACUUUCUAGCCAAAGAACUCCAUCACGCUGUUGGAGGAAUUGGAACAGAUGAAAAAACACUCGUAGAAAUAAUCUGUACAGCAACAAACUUUCAACUUGACUGCAUCAAAGCCGCGUAUGAAAAAAAGUAUGGAAAAACCUUGGCGGAAGAUGUAGCAGAUGACACAUCAGGCAGUUUUCGACGUUUGCUCGUAUCAUUGCUAUGUGCUUGUAGACCAGAAUGUGAGUGCGUCAACGAGGAAGAUGUCUGUCAAGAUGUUAGUGAUUUGAUAGCCGCCGGUUUGGGUUCAAAAUCGGACGAAAAGUCGAUAUUUAAUAAGAUCCUGUGUACUCGCAGUUACGAUCAUUUGCGUAGAGUUUUCCAACAAUAUCGUCACGUUGCUCAGUGCUCUUUGGAGGAAGCUAUCGAGGAGGAGUUUAGCGGAGAUCUGAAGAUCGGAAUGUUGGCGAUUGUAUAUUCUGUGGGGCAUAAAUCCGCGUUCUUUGCUGAACGUCUGCAUGAUGCAAUCUCUAGGAUUGGAACCAAUGAUCGCAAAUUGAUCAGAAUUGUCGUCUCCAGAUGCGAAGUUGAUAUGUUUGAUAUCAAACAGGAGUAUAAAAAAUGCUAUCACAAAUCUCUGGAAGAAGAUGUUGCCGAGGAUACAUCUGGACAUUAUAGAAAAGCAUUGCUGUCCUUGAUCGGGGACUGCUGAUUUUAUAUUCUUUAUAUUAUGGAUUUGGUAUAAGUGAAUUCCUAUACCAUCGCCAUUUUCCAGUGGUUGGGAUUUUAUUUAUUUAUUUAUUUUUUUGAAAACCCAAAAUGUUUCAUGAAUUAUGAGUACCUACCUACCUAACGGCUGAAUGCUCACUCGUGAAAUUUAAAUUCAUUAUUUAUACUUACUUACCUAUAUUAUACUUACCUAAUAGACUACUAUUUUAUUUUUAGAAAAAAAUGUGCUUUAUUCAUCUGAUUUUUCUUCGUUAGGUACUUGUACUUUUUUAAUCAUAAUAAUUAAUAAAUUCUUCAAUUAAAA